GUGGACACCGGGAAUGAUAAAUACAAUUUAAUGCUUCUGUGUUGGUCUGAAGGACAGGGAUCUGUUAUACACGACCACUCAGACGCUCAUUGUUUUAUGAAAAUACUUUCUGGUAAUCUUCAUGAAACCCGGUUUGAAUGGCCCGACAAUACCAGUGAUGUAAAUGAUAUGAAAGCGAUUGAUGAGAAUGAGCUCAAAACUAAUGAUGUCGCCUAUAUUAAUGGUAAAGCAGAUUAUAUUCAAUUGGUUUACAUCGAGUGGAAAACCGGAGUCAUAGCUGGAAAUCUGUGUCAUUACAUCUCUAUUCUCCUCCAUAUUCUAAAUGCCAGGUCUUUGACGAGAGAACUGGUCUUAGAAAUGAAGCAAAAGUGACUUUUUAUAGUAAAUAUGGCAACAAAAAAACUUAUUUAUAUAAACAAUUCAAACAAAUGCACGAAUUCGGUAUCGAUUGGCA